AUGGAAAUCCACACUGAAUCACUCGACACUGUCAACAAUGGCCAAGUCAAGGCUAUCCCCGUAGAAGACAUUCAGUCAACAUUCGGCUCCAACAGCAUCGACUUGAUCAGCAAACCCCUUGGCUCCCGCAUCCUCUCCUUCUCCGACGAAUGGUUCGCAGCUGCCGAAAACCUCACCACCCCUACCGCACCAAUUCGCAAACCUGGCGUCUUUGUCUUCUCAGGAGCCUGGUACGAUGGCUGGGAGACUCGCCGCCAUAACCCAGAACCCUUUGACUGGGUAGUCUUCCGCCUGGGCGUCGCUUCCGGCAGAGUCAAGGGUGUCGAGAUCGACACUGCAUUCUUCAAUGGCAACCAUGCGCCCGAGGUUGCUGUGCAGGGCUGCUUUGCUUCCGACGACAGAGAAGAAGAGAUCAAGAGCAAGGACUUCAAGGAGUGGGAGACCAUCCUCCCUAUUCAGGAGUGUGGACCUUCGCAACGACAUGCAUGGCUCCUCCCCUCCAUCACAAAACCUUACACACAUAUCCGUCUGCAAAUGUUCCCUGACGGUGGCAUUGCUCGUUUCCGCCUCUACGGCGAUGUCCAAGCUGUCCUGCCCAAGGAUACAUCAGCAGUCUUCGACCUCGCAGCAACCGUCAACGGCGGUGUCGCGAUCCAAUGCUCUGACCAGCACUUCGGCACAAAAGACAACCUGCUGCUCCCCGGUCGUGGCAAGGACAUGGGCGAUGGCUGGGAAACCAAGCGCACACGCGGCGAACACAUCGAUUGGUGCAUCAUCCGCCUAGGCACCACUGGCCACAUCUCCAAACUGCUGAUCGACACCGCACACUUCAGAGGCAACUUCCCACAAAAGGUGCAAGUGUUCGCUGCUGAAGCUGGAGAGGCUCCUGCUCAUGAUAGCAGCAAGUGGGUCGAGAUCUUGAGCCCGCAAAAGACUGGUCCUGACUUCGAACAUAUCUAUGAGGGAGAUGUGUUGAAGGAGGUUCAGGGCAAGGCUUAUGGCUACGUUAAGUUGGUCAUGAUUCCCGAUGGUGGUAUUUCGAGAAUCAAGGUCUUUGGCAGCAAGGCAGUGUAA